AUGACGUUCGCCAAUGCGCUGUCGCCAGUGCCAAUCCGCCCCUUCUCAGGCGGCACCUCAUACACCGUUGAAGAGUUCCUGACCACGGUCGACUAUGUCUCGACGGCGCCGCGCACUCCCGGAAGUCUGUUCGCAUAUCUCGAAGGCCGCGCUCGAUUCUGGCUCACGCACUACGCCAUGUCGAACACCGUCCCGGGCACUGAGGAGGGGUACGCCAUACUCCGCUCUGCACUCCUCGGCGAGUUCUCCCUGGAUCCUAACAUGAGGGACACGAGGGAGGCGUACCACGCCUUCCGGGCUUUGACGCAGUACACGGCCGGCGUGCAGGAGUAUGCGGACGCUUAUCGACGGGCGGCAAGAGAUGGGCGGUUCAGCAUCGAGGACCACUUCAACCGGAUGUGGUGGGUCCUGGGAUUGAGAGAGGAGAUAAGGGAGACGCUGUGCGAGAGGUUACCACUGCUGCUCUCAUGGAGGGAGAUCGUGGCUGAGGCGGUCUGGAUUGAGAGGGAGAAGGGCUUGGAUGCGGAUGCAGGCAGGAGAGAACCUCGGGAGUCGAGAGACUCGAGGGAGAGGGACAGAGAGCGAGAAAGGGAGAAGGAAAGGGAAAGGGAGAGGAGGGAUCACCGGGAGAAGGACGGACGACAUCGACACGGCCACGAGAGCGGGGAAACGCUGGACCUCUCGAGACUGAAUCGUUCGGUUCAAGAUACGCUCAUAUCGGUUGUCAACAAAGCCAAGGGUGACUAA